AGGAGGAGGGUUGUCCCAUCCGCUGGUGAUGGGUGACCACUUCCAAUAGGAUAGGAGGGGUUUACGGAAAGGUCUGUUAUAUUUGCUCUCACGCCGAUUUUAUUCGUUCAUCUGCGACUAUCAUCUCGAAACGACAGCGCAUGCAUAUAAGUUCACAGCAGAAGUCCAUUUGUAUGCUGGUGGAGAGUCCCAGGAGACAGAAGAAACUUCUGAGCUGCAGCUGUCAGCAGAGAACAUGAGGAAGAGCCGGAGUGUCUUGGCAGUGACACCUAUAGAUGACAGCAAGGACCUCUUAGGAUGUACAUCUUCAGGCGCUACACUGGGUGUGGAUCUCUGGCGAGGCCCCCGACGGCACUCAGGAACCCUUGUGUUGCCGCCGUUGUCAUGGAGACAGACAGAGAGGGCCCGCAGUCCUCAAGAUCACGUUUCCAGACCCACGUCACUGGGCUUCAUUACUCCACCACGUAUAGAUAUCACACCAGUUCCCCCUGAUAGUUUGGAGGUGGAGAAUGGCCCCUCUAUCGGCUGCAGUCCACUGGACCUGCAAGCAUCCCCAGGCUCUGGUUUGGUCCUGCAUCCCAACAUGGCCAGUCAUGGGCAACGGCGAGAGUCUUUCCUUUACCGCUCGGACAGCGACUACGACCUCUCGCCCAAAUCCACCUCUCGCAACUCCUCACUUGUUGGAGAACAGUUACAUGGUGAAGAUCUGAUAGUCACUCCUUUUGCUCAGGUGCUUGCAAGUCUUCGCACUGUUAGGAAUAAUGUCAGCUUCCUGACAAAUGUGCCAUGUCCCUCCAGCAAAAGAUCACCAGUCAGCAGUCAGCCGCCAAUGACCAAAGGCAACCUGUCAGAUGAAUCCUACCAGAAGCUGGCCGUGGAGACCAUGGAGGAGCUAGACUGGUGCCUGGACCAGCUGGAGACCAUCCAGACUUACCGCUCCGUUAGUGACAUGGCCUCCAACAAGUUCAAGAGGAUGUUGAAUCGGGAACUGACACAUCUGUCUGAGAUGAGUCGCUCUGGAAACCAGGUGUCUGAGUUCAUCUCCAACACUUUCUUAGAUAAACAGAAUGAACUGGAGAUCCCAUCGCCCACUUCGAAAUCGCGGGAGAGGAAGAGGAGGCAGCAGCAGCAGCAGCUUAUGACUCAGAUCAGUGGGGUGAGGAAGGUCACGCAUGGCCCGGGUCUGUCCAGCACCUGCAGUACGGCCCGUUUUGGCGUAAAAACAGAUUUGGAGGACUUGCUCUCUAAGGACCUGGAGAACAUCAACAAGUGGGGUCUGAACAUCUUCAAUGUUGCAGAUCACUCUCACCACCGGCCUCUGACCUGCAUCAUGUAUGCCAUCCUUCAGGAGAGAGAUUUAAUGAAGACAUUUAAGAUCCCAGUGGACACCUUUGUGACAUACAUGAUGACUCUUGAAGACCACUACCACGCAGACGUGGCCUAUCACAACAGUCUACAUGCGGCUGAUGUGGCCCAGUCCACACACAUCCUGUUGUCCACACCUGCACUGGAAGCAGUCUUUACAGACCUGGAGAUCCUGGCCGCUAUCUUUGCAGCAGCCAUCCAUGACGUGGACCACCCAGGGGUCUCAAACCAGUUCCUAAUUAAUACCAGUGAGUGUGUUUUUAUCUACACCUCCCUUUACAUAUUGAAGACUAUGCAUGCUUUUGGAUCCAAACUGCUGCAGUUAUUGAAACUCAAACCAUAUGGAAGAACAAAGCCUCAAUGUUAUGACUGUUUCAUGACUCUCAUAAACAUCAUGCCUCUCUUUACUGCAGACUCCGAGCUGGCGCUCAUGUACAAUGAUGAGUCUGUUCUCGAGAACCAUCACCUAGCGGUUGGUUUCAAGCUCUUGCAAGGGGAAAACUGUGAUAUCUUCCAAAACCUCUCCAAGAAACAGCGACAGACUCUCAGGAAAAUGGUCAUUGACUUGGUACUAGCGACAGACAUGUCCAAGCACAUGAGCUUACUGGCUGACUUGAAGACAAUGGUCGAGACCAAGAAGGUGACUAGUUCAGGAGUGUUGUUGCUUGACAACUAUACUGACAGGAUACAGGUCUUACGAAAUAUGGUUCACUGUGCCGAUCUGAGCAAUCCCACCAAGCCAUUAGAUCUGUACCGGCAAUGGACGGACCGCAUUAUGGAAGAGUUUUUCCACCAGGGUGACCGAGAGAGAGAGCGAGGCAUGGAGAUCAGCCCGAUGUGUGACAAACACACUGCUUCAGUGGAGAAAUCUCAGGUUGGUUUCAUUGACUACAUUGUGCACCCACUAUGGGAGACAUGGGCAGACCUGGUGCAUCCAGAUGCACAGGAUAUCUUGGACACUUUAGAAGAGAACAGGAACUGGUACCACAGCAUGAUACCACAGAGUCCCUCCCCUCCCUUCUUUGAAACAGGAACUGACAGUGGAGAUAAGUUUCAGUUCGAGUUGGAAGUUGAGGAAGGACCCAAGCAGGAUACAGAGAAUAUCUUAGAGACAGACGAUGUAGAGAUUGAGACAUGUUCUCCUUCAUCUGCCGAGACGUAGCACCUCACUACAAUGGCUAUCAUGUUGGCCGUAUUUGAUGACAGAGUAAAGUGCUGGAAUGUUAUUCUCCUGCUACCUGAGAAUCCCUCAGAGGACCAUUGUGUCUUGGGACUCUGCCGUUGUUACAGAGCCUAAAAGGGGAGUGAGUGAACAUCCUACACAAUAUAGUUUUCACAGAAGUUGCAAGAAUCCAGUCAAGUUGGAAAUUGGCAGAAGUGGACGGACAGCCGUACCGAAAGUGCCAUAAGAUGGAUUUUCUUAAUCAGUCGCUACAGUCUGAUCUGAAUGUUGGAGUGGGUUUCUGUGAAGGAGAAAUGCUGACCCUCUUAUAAGAGGGGUUUGUACUACAACAUCAGACUUUUUUGUAAAAAAGAAAAGAAAAAAAGACUACUUUUUGUACUUGUGUUUUGUCACUUUUUUGGUGUCACAUCCAACUACACUUUUGAAAAUGUCAAAAGUGAUGAAUGUUGUCAUGCUGAAAGCAAAAGCAUGUAAUUCCCAGUCAUGUAUUUGGGAAUGCAGUCUUCCUAAAUUUUGGACAACAGAAUAAUCUAAUUCUUGUGCCAGCAUACUUUAUCUUUAUUUAAGUAAUACAAAACCUUUGUACUUUGUAACAAACACUUUCUCUUUUAAAAGGCGUUCUUAUAAAGCGAUUCCUCUGGUACAACUAAUGUGACGUUUUAUGUCGUAUUAUCUAUAAACAGGAUCCAAAGAGUACAGCAUUUUAGUGGUUACUCUUAAGGAAUGUCCUGGGAUUGAUAUAAAUUAAGCUCUUUCAACUGUAUUAGUUGCGAUUAUGUUGAUUACCAUGGAAAAAAAAAAAAAAUAUAUAUAUAUAUAUAUAUAUAUAUAUAUAUAUAUAUAUAUACUUCUACUGAACUUCUAUUGUAAGAGCCAUUACAAGUCCAAUAAGGAACUACUAUUGCAAGUACCUUAUUGAUAUUGCUUUUAAAAAAACUAAUGGAUAAGUCAAAAUAAUUUUUUUUCUCUGGUAACUGACAUUAUCCCACAGAUGCUGUCGAUCGAGCUGCACUAGUACUGAACCCAGAUCAUUCCUUUUAAACCACUUUAAUAUGGGAAACAAACAUCCCAACACUUAAUAGUGACAUUAAACUGAUUUAGCUGUCUUUAUGUACUAUAUAUUUAAAAAAUUACCUCUUUGUGUCUGUAAAUGUCACUAAGAUACUUUUAUGUCAAAGGAACAAAAGAGACUUCAGAUUUAACAUUUAAAAAUUUCAACUCUCAAAUCCCCAAUUCAUUUCUCGUUACAUGUUAUUUUUCUUAGAAUCUAAGCUGUUAAUAUUCACGGAACAGAGUCAACAAUAAACCUCAUUUACACAAUCACUGAUGUCAAAAAAUGUGGUUCCUCCUGUAUGUUCUUACUGGUCAGGAACGGAUGUGGUGAACACACGUCAUUCUGACUGAGAUUAGCCUUUAAAUCAACAAGUAUCUUUUCUUCCUUACAAGAUGUAUACUAUUUGCUUUUGCUUACCCUAUGUUUUGUUUUUUUUCCUCUUAUUCAUGGAAGCAUGACUACAUUUUGCCACAGUUCAACUGACGUAAUUUGCCCAAAUUUAAAUUACGUUUACAGUAUGAAGCUGUAACUUGUCUUUUUUCACUCAUGGUUGUCAUUGUGAAGCAGAUGAUGAACAUGCACACUGUAGAAGAACUGUGAUUUCACUGGUGGAAUCACUGUUGUCUCUAUUAUUAUUAUUAUAUUUAUUAUUAUUAUAUUAUCAUUUGUAGUAUUAAACCUCUGUUAAAGUUG